AUGAAAACCAAAGACAGCUCUGGGUGUGGAGAAUUCAGAGGACAGAAAUCACUAACAUCGCUGCUGGAAUGUACCUCUGAUAUUUCCUGCCACCUAAGGCGCUGCCAUCUUUCAAGGGAAAAUAUUUCCGGGUACCAGCUACUUUUGAAUCGUGCAUGCCAAUUUCACCUAAGCGAAGGAAAUAUAGCAGAAAUGUCCGUGUGUCCUCGGCAUCGAGGAAAAUUGGGAGCAUACUGGAAAUGCCCAACAACUGCUUGCCAGUACCCUGAUCACAAGGGAAAACAAGAAGCGGUAAAAGGAGACCGAGUUUUCAAUGUCCAGAUGGCAAGAGAUAUAUUUCAAGUUUUCGGAGUUACUAUUCCAAUUGGAUCACGUAAGCAGUUUUUCUGUGAUAUAGAAUAAAUUUAACUUUUAUGCAGACGAAAAAGGUACUAAAUAUGAAAAUGAAACAACGUGUAGUCACAUUAUCAGUUUGAUAUGUUCCUUCUGUUUGCUGUUGUGGUAAGGCGAUUUAUGUUUUGGAGUACAAAGUAACGGUUCUUUCCCGGUAACCGGGGUGAGGGGUUGGGGGAUUUCAAGGUAACGGAAUCUUGAGUUGUUUUGCAACCUCGUUCCCAGGUCUCUCUUCUUCUCUAAUCGUCCUUUCCCGAGGUUGUUUUAGGUUUUUAUUAACAGCAACUGCCUUUCACCACUUAAAAAAUGUAGAGGGUUAAGAGCACAAACCUCUACUCCUGGUGACCUAGUUUCUUACAUCUUUGUGUGUCUGAUGUAAGCAAGAGAAAUUAAAUAGCAUAAAACAAGCAACCACAAUAUUGUCUGUUAGGGAAGAGUCUGUGGCAACCCUUGUCACUCUUUCUCUGCAUUUUUUUAGCCAUCUGUAACAGUUGUAGAAAGCUUCAUGCUAGCAGACUUAAGACUGAAUGGCUUUGGCUGAGAGAAACGAAAAGUACUGAAACGGAAGAUACCACUGAUACAAUGGAAGAAACCGAACCAAACUUAUCAAGGUAUUGAUUUCUGACGAUUUCUUGUGUUCUCUUCCUUUAAUAAAACAAAUUCUUAGAACGCGAGGAGGAAGUAUGACAAACUCUAAGAAAGUAAAAAUGUCCUUGAAUAUAAAAGAUUGGCUGCUCAAAGCUCAGUUAAUUUUGGUUUAGAUACCUACUGUACAUUCAUCCUCUGUAAGAAAAAAAAAUACAAUUUUCUUUUGACUUAUUUGUCUGUUGACUUCCCUCUAUAGAAAAACCAAAGAAGAAGCACUUGUUUCUAUUGAGAGUUGCAUUUACACUCCCGUACCAGAAAGUCAUACUAAGAAUGAUCCUGCCUGGUCUCUUGGACGAUGGCAAGCAAUGAAUCCUGACAGUUCGUUCGAUGAUGAGUCCCCUGAAAACGAAUCUGAUGUUCUUCAAGUAUACAAUGAGGCACUCAGUAACAUUGCCUCGCUUUCGGGAAAAACUGUGGAGCCCCUGACUUUCCGACUUAACUCCGAGUGGGACGAGGCGACUAAGAAAGAAAAAGAACUUUGCAUAGAGCAGGUGAACGAAGCAUGUCGUGCUGUUUGUGACGUCAUUGCUCCAAAGGACAGUGAUAAGCUGUUACGAUCAUUUCAAGAAUCAAGAAGGGAAGUAGGUUUCUCUAGCGACCUCAAAGCAUUAGUAACUGCAUAUCAGCAAGCACCAUCAAGGAGCCUUAAAAUCCAGAUACUCAGCAUCUAUGCUACUCGUUACCCAGCCCAAUACUUGAAGAAAAUACACGAACCAUUUGAAAAGCUUAGCGACCGGCAGAUAAAAAGAGCAAGAGCACACGCCAAAAUUGUUGGAGUUGGACUGUCCGUUGAGAAACCGCUGCGCCACCGGGUUAAAAUUGAUUUGGUGAAGUUGGAUCACUUUCUGUCUUUUGUUAACCAGCCGUACUUCUACCAAGACGUGGCUUAUGGAACCAGGACGCUGAAGCUAGAUUCAGGAGAAGAGUUACUUAUGCCAAAUGUGAUCAGAAUUGUUGCGAGGUCAACGAUGAUAGAGCAGUAUUUAAAGCAUUGCAGCGAAGAUCACUUUGAGCCUCUUUCGAGAUCGACGUUGUUUAGAAUAUUGCAAGUCAGAGAAGCUUCUCAAAGAAAAUCGCUUCAAGGACUGGAUAACAUAGCUGCAGGAGGCGCUGAAGCGUUUGAAAGUGUGCGCAAGAUAGUAGAUGACUUGAAAAACUGCGGCGCAAGUGGAACUUGGUGCGAUGAAGUGCAAAAUAAACUUAAAAGUGGAAAGCGCUACCUCAAGACAGAAUAUAGAGUGCAUUGCCGUGAAGAAGAAAGCUUAUGUGCUGAUCACUGCAGAUACUUUGCUCUUAGUGACUUACAAGAUCCAGAACUCAGCGAACAUUGUCCGCAUCAACAUCAAGUGCGCUGUAUCGAGUGUGAGCAAUUGAAAGUAACAUUAAAGGCCAUCGCUGAUCAGAUUGAGUCUCCUUCCAUUAAAUAUUAUAGCGGUGAACAGAAAGAGGACUUCAAGCAUUUUCUUGCCCAAGCCCAAGAAAGAAUUUUUCAAUGGAAGUCUCACAUUUUAAGAGCAGAGAACCAAGAGCGGGCAAAGCAAGAUGUACUAAAAUCUCUCCAGGAUAACUCGGUCAUGGUCGUAAUGGAUUGGGCCAUGAAAUUCUUACAGAUAAAAUAUCGAGAAAAGCAAUCCGAGUGGUUCGGUAAGAGAGGAAUCAACUGGCAUGUCAGUUGCGUUAUUUCGAAGAAUACAGCAGAUGACAGCCUCCAGGUUCAGUCAUACGUCCAUUUAUUCGAUAGCUGUGCACAGGACUGGUACACCGUUUGCGCAAUUUUGGAGCAUCUUCUCACAAUCAUCAAGGAAAACAAGCCAGAAGUCAAUCAAGCCUUCUUGCGCUCGGACGGAGCGGGCUGCUACCACAACAGCAAUCUAAUUGCUGCUGUCCACGACCUUGGUGUUCGAGUAGGAGUAAAAGUUAUGAGGUAAACAAAGAGGUUGUCUUAUGAUAAAAUAUACAAAUAAAUUACAGUUCACUCUAAAACUGAGUCAAAGCAGGUAGCCUGUUUCAAACUUCUCCUUUACCAAUUUAGAACGAAUCGACUACAAGUUGCAGUUGCGGCCAGGUUAUAAUUCAUGAACGAUUACUCAAACUGCACACAAGAUAUAAUGAAAUACUGACUGCCAACCCAAAGUUUCAUUUAUCAUUUUUAGCGAAAACAAUUGAUACGUGAUUGCAGCAAACCGAUUGAAAAUUCUGAUCUUUAAAAAAUUACUUAUUAUAUGAUAUCUCGCUUUUGCCUGAGUAUUUUUCCAGGUUUUGUCGAAAAAGUACUUACAGCCCUAAUGCCAGUUGAACGUAGCUAGAUUAAUAUUUAUGGUGGUCCUUCGUAUUAUACGUAUACAGUUUAAGAUUAAACAGUUAGAACUCGGGCCUUGUAACGCUUGUAAUAAUGUAGGUUCAAUUGUAUUAGAAAAGUACGGCCAAGGUAGCUGCGGCUUUAUUUUUAAUUUUAGGUAUGACUUUUCGGAACCUCAAUUUGGCAAAGAUGUCUGUGAUCGCAUCAUCAGCCCAAUAAAGGGGGCCAUUCGCCGUUACUGCAACGAAGGACAUGAUAUCCUGACAGCAUCCGACAUGCACGAGGCGCUUAAGGCAAGGCAAGUAGAGGGAACAACUGCUGCUGUUUGCCAAGUCUCCCAAACAACUCAUGAGAUAAAAGUCGACCGCAUCAGUAAUUUCAGUAGCUUUCACAAUUUUUUUUAUGAAGAAGAAGGGCUUCGCAUUGUGAAGGCGUAUGGUGUCGGUGUGGGUAAACUUAUUCCAUGGUCACAGCUUAUCCGUCGCACACAAGGUCCUACAUCAAUAAAGGAAGUUCAUAAUCAUGAAUUUUACCCCUUGGCAUCUAGGGCUAUUAAGGCGACUCCCAGCGACGAUGAAGGCGCUCGUGAUAACUCUCUUUUCAUGUCUCCCGAGUCCUGCUGUUCCAGGGAGUUCUCUACAGCAGAGGAACUUCAAGACCACAUUCAUUUUGGUGAGCACGACAUGAAAGUAAGCCCCGAGAGCAUGUACGACCGUCUUAAGCGCGAUUGGGCAGCAAAGGUUCUAUCUAUAACACUUGAAUCAAAAUUGUCGUUCACCGCUGAAGAAGCAACAGGCAGCGAGCAAUUACAGGAAGAACCUUGUGGUUUGGGUUGGGCGCUACAAAAACCAAGAGGAGGAGGUGCUAGGUUUUCUGAAAAUGUAAAAAGCUACCUCACAGCAAAAUUUGACCUUGGUGAGGACACAGGUAGAAAAGCCGAUCCUACCCAGGUGGCUGCUGACAUGCGGGUAGCAAGAAACACUGAUGGUGAGCGUAAGUUUCAAAGGAGUGAAUGGUUGACGAAGAGCCAAAUACAAGGGUUUUUUUCACGGCUUGCAGCCAGCAAAAGGCGGACGAACAAACAAGAAUUGGAGGAUGACGACGAUCAUGAUGACAGCCUUGCCGAAAAGGAAAGACAUAUGGAAGUAGAGGAGGUUGUCAGCAAAAUUGGACUUGUUCAUCCUAUAACACAUAAUGGCUACGACAUCUGCGAGCUCACAAAAUUGGAUGCACUCUCUAACUUAACCGUACCUAAACUUAAGGCCAUCUGUGUGAACCUAGACCUUCCUUUUAAGGCUAAGGACGUUAAGACCACUUUAAUUAACAAAUUAAAGGAAGCUGUCAAGGAAUGUGAAUGCCACAAGUAG